AUGGAUAACAUCGACCAAGUCGAAACCGCCCAGUGGUGCGGCUUGUGUGGGUAUGUGAGGUCGCCUGCCAAUUUGGCCAAGGAGUUCACGCAGCUACGUAAACGGCCCAUGCCAGCGCUUCCCGACCCGGAGGACAUCCAAAUCCUCAACGGGUCGAACCUGGUCCCUAGUCUGAUGGCCCUCUGGAAAGAAGCGGAGCUGGACUUGUCCCACCUAGAGCGAAUGCUGCAGCCGGUGAACGACCCCGCCGUCGGGGCGCGAACCCUGCAGUCCAUGAUCCAACGAAGAUUCUGCGCGGUACUGGCUGACGGCUUUCAGCACUACCAGGUCUCCCCCGAUGGGAAGAUGCUCCAGUUCUGCUGCUAUGCCGGGCACCAGCAGGCUGUCAUAGGCUCUGGGUCGGGCCCAGCCGCCUCACCGCAGGUCGCCUUCCCCAACGUGGUGCACCACGCCAUCGCCCACGACUCGGUUUACGAGAUCCAGCUGGCCGUCGCGUUGGGCCUGGAAGCCCACCGGCCCGUCUACUGGGGAUACACUCUGCUGGGCACGGCGAUACUGGCCCGGGCCCACAAGGUGAUUCGGUACCUCUUCGAGCGGGAGGAGCGGUUCCCCGGGACUGCCAAGCCCCUCGCCGACCAGCGAGUCAACUGGAUGGGGCGCGAGUACUACGGGCCGCUCGAGCUGGCGCUCGCCUUGAAGGACAAGCAGCUCAUCUGGCUGCUGCUGGAGCUCGUCGGAGGCGGCAAUCCGGACGUCCUGGAGUGGCAGCGCGUGGAAAACCUGUGCGUGAGGCAGACGACCAGCGGCGCGAUGCUGAAGUACCUGGUCACCACGAUCGGAGUUGACCUGCUGGCUAGCGACGCAGAUAUCGUGCACAAGCCAGUGCAGCUCAAGAUGCCCCCGGAGCUGGUGGCGACCUGGGGCGACAACGCGGGCGAGUACCUGCUGCGGCGGGCGAUCCGUGACGACUGGGCCACGGCGGUCUCCCGGCUGAUGGUCGACCUGGUGCUGGGGCAGGCGCAAGCGCAGUGGAGCCACACCGCGGCGACAGACGCGAACUAUGCCAGCCGGUGCGAUCAGCUCCUCAACGACCCCAUCGCCGGCCUCGACCCCGACAGCCCGCGGUACGCGAUCCCGCCGAUCGCCUGGGCCAUCGUGUUCGGCCACCGGUACGCCUUCGACACGCUGCUCAAGCAGCCCGGGUUCGACCUGAACCGCGCGUUCGUCGAGCAGCCCGACGGCCAGCGCGUGUUCACGCCGCUGACCUUCGCCGUGCGCAUGGGAGCCAGCUGGGCCAUCGACAAGCUACUGAAGCGCACCGAUCUCAACCUGCACCGCCACGGUCCCAUGCCCUUUCGCUGGGCCAACGCCCCCCAGACUGCCCCAUACCCCAGCCCCUUCGCGGAAAUGGUCGCCUUUGUGGAAGACCGGGCCACUCAAACGGCCCCCGGCACCAAUUGGCUGGUUGGCAUGGACGACGCUAUGGUCGCCCUGGGCGCGCGCUUCCGCAACAUGGCCCGCCUCUUCAUCGGCAAGUUCAGCCCCCGAGUCCACGUUGGGUUUUGGCUUACAGGGGAGACCUUUUCCCGGUGGGUUCUGAGGAACCAGCCGGUGAGCAUCUACUUCGACGAGGUGGUCGACCUCCUGCGCCAGCACGGGCACCUUCCAUGA